GUCACUGAGGCUGGGGUCGCGCGGCUGGAGCCCGGCAUGGCCCAGAACGGGGCGAACCCCUUCGGGGAGCCCGACAACCCCUUCCAGGAUCCUGCUGUGAUGCAGCACAAGCCCAGCACGGAGUAUGCGACGCUGGAUGUGUACAACCCCUUCGAUAACAGAGGGCCACCCCCUCCCUACCAGCCCCAGCCAGGGGCUCAGCCGACUCCACCAGUCACCAAAGUGCCCCAGCCGCCGGCCUCUGCCAUGCAGCCCCCCAAGAAGCCAAGCCCCCCAGAGUCCAAAAACUACGGCUCCUAUGGAACUCAGGAGUCGACAGCAGCAGCCGCCACAGCUGAGCUGCUGAAGCGGCAGGAGGAGCUGAACCGGAAGGCAGAGGAGCUGGACAGGCGGGAGCGGGAGCUGCAGAACGCAGCUUUGGGCAAUGCUGCAAUCAGACAAAACAACUGGCCUCCGCUGCCCUCCUUCUGCCCCAUGAAGCCCUGCUUCUACCAGGACAUCCCUGUGGAGAUCCCCACGGAGUUCCAGAAAACAGUCUCCUCCAUGUACUACCUCUGGAUGGCCAGCACCGUGACUCUCUUCCUGAACUUCUUGGCCUCCCUGGCCUGGUUCUGCGUGGAUCCCACAGCUGGUUCGGGCUUUGGCCUCUCUAUCCUCUGGGUUCUCCUCUUCACACCCUGCUCCUUCCUGUGUUGGUACAGGCCAAUGUACAAAGCCUUCCGGAGCGACAGCUCGUUCAACUUCUUUCUAUUCUUUUUCAUCUUCUUCGUCCAGGACAUUCUGUAUGUGCUGCAGGCCAUCGGCAUCCCAGGCUCAGGAUUCAGUGGCUGGAUAGCAAGUCUAACGGUGCUGAGGAAAAACCAGGCUGCUGCUGUGAUCAUGAUCCUGGUGGCCGUGUUCUUCACGGUGGUGGCUGUGCUGGGGAUCAUCAUGCUGAAGAGGAUCCACUCCUUGUACCGCCGGACGGGUGCCAGCUUCCAGAAGGCACAGGAGGAGUUUGCCGCAGGCGUCUUCUCAAACCAGGCGGUGCGCACGGCAGCAGCCAAUGCCGCGACGGGGGCAGCGGGCAGUGCCUUCCGGGCGCAGUAG